AAUAAAACUUAAGAUAUCAUUAAUUUUCAAUGAGGUCCUCCACAAGGCUUAUCUUGUUGAUUUUGUCAACAAUAACUCUAAUUUUGGUUACUGAGAGCCGAAGAACAAUACCAUCAGAAGAGGGGACAAAAGAGCUAGAGAAACUACUCAACCAUAUUAACAAACCUGUGGUAAAAAGUUUUCAAACGAAACAUGGUUAUAUAUUGGACUGCAUCGACAUUCGAAAGCAGCUAGCCUUCGAUCACCCUUUGCUAAAGAACCAUUCUAUUCAGUUGAAGCCUACAUCUAUACCUAAAUGGACAAGAGAUAACAACACUUCACCAAAGUCAAGUUCUCUGCCAUUUCGACAAGAUGACGACAUAAGUUGUCCACUUGGAACAGUGGUUAUUAAAAGAGCUACACUUGAAGAUCUUAUACAAAUGCAACGUUUGAAAUCCUUAGGGUUCAAGUAUCCAUUUUCAAAAGACAUGGACUCCCUCGGUACGAACCGUCAUCAUUUUGCGAUAGCUCAGUACUUUAAAGAUAAUUAUGGAGCAAAGGGAAACAUUAAUAUAUGGGAUCCGAGUCUUAAACAUGAUCAAUUUAGUCUAGCAAGUAUAUCAAUCGAGAGCGGUCUUAAAGAUACAUUACAGAGCAUUUCAGCUGGAUGGAUAGUAUCCCCAAAGUUGAACCAGAAUCAUAGUGGCUUAUAUACAUAUUGGACUGCAAAUGGAUAUAAGAAGACUGCAGGUUGCUACAAUACAUUGUGUCCUGGUUUUGUGCAAGUGAGCAGGAAGUUUGCACUUGGAGGUCUUGCCGAACCUGUUUCGAUUUAUGAUGGUCAACAAUAUCAGUUAGAAAUCGGCAUACAUCAGGAUAAUUGUACAGGAGAUUGGUGGUUUGUGCUACAAGACGAGCCAAUUGGGUACUGGCCAAAAUCACUGUUCCAUUCUGAAGGUUUAGCAAAUGGAGCAAGUCGGGUAUUUUGGGGAGGUGAAGUUUUUAGUUCAGUGAAAAAGAGGUUAAGCCCAAUCAUGGGAAGUGGACAUUUCCCACAAGACGGCUUUAAGAAAGCAGCUUUUGUGAAUGGUCUUAAAGUGAUAGAUCAUGUUUCAAAAGAAGUUACAAGUCCCACAGCUUCAGAUUUAGUAUUAUUUGCAAACAGUCCAGCUUGUUAUAACGUCCAAACGGCAUCAGGUGUUGGUGAAGAUUGGUCUACUGCUAUCUUCUUUGGAGGACCAGGAGGAUGCUCAAUUACUAGUUAACAAAUCUUUAAGUUCACAAGAUGGUUUCAAGAAAGCAGUUUAUGCGAGUUAUACCUUAAAAGUGAUGGAUAAUGUGAUACUAGGUACUAAAUUUGAUAUAAAUUUGUAAUAAUUUAUUUUGUUAUUAUUUAAUUGAAUAUUUAUGUAACCCGUAUCUAUGUUUAUAUAUCCAAACAAACAAUAUAUUUAUUUAAUUAUUUUGCGGUUUUA